AUGCCGACGGAUGCUUUGCGCUAUUGGUGGUGGAUACGGCUAGAUGAAAACCACGAUUCAGGUGCUGUACGCCAAACGCGCGUGGGAUUAUUGAUACGGAGUCAGGAAUCCGGUUUAGGAGGCUCCGAUACAACAUUCGAACCAUCUCCGUUUUGCCCCGGUUGGGAACUUCCCAUGGCCAGUCCAUCAGCAGACGACAGAUGUGCUUCUUCAGCCAACUCCGGUGGUAAGUUGCGACUGGUUUUCAACACACUGAUACCCUCUUCCAACUGUCCACAAAAAAUAAGUAGUGGAAUAAUGCGAGUUCAUCACGGUAUAAAGAUAAACGUUCAGCUGGUAGCACCCUUCCGGUGCCUAGCUGCCAUGCCACCCGAAGGGAGCACGAGGGCUGGGAUACUGCCAGGUUGCCCAAGCCUAGACAGGGGAAGUCGAGUGGCGGAGGUCGGAUUCGAACCGCGGACCUUCAGGUUAGUAAUCCGCACUCUAACCACUUCGGCCAUCUCGAAUCAUAGAGAACGUCUUCAUCCUAAGACUACUUCAAACGAAGAUGCUGUGGGCAUUAACUAUGAGUGCCUAGAUGUCAUGCAAACGGAAGAGGGCACGAGGGCCCGGAGACAGCCAGGUUGCUCGAGCCUAGACAGCAGCAGUCGAGAUGGACCUUCCGGUCCGUAA